GUGGAGUUCUGAACGUCGACGUUGAACCUUAUAGCCAACUUUCAAGCGUCAUUAUGUCUUCACGAGAACCAGACAGGAUUACGUCUGCUCAACAGACACUGGACAUUCUAUAUGACAUUUCCCAGCUUUUAAAUGCACAGCUUGAUAAAGAGACACUCGCAACAUGCGUCGGCAUGAUUGAAAGUGGGGUCAAUGCUGAGGCUCUCGCGGCAGUCAUCCUGGAGCUACGUCGAGAGGCAUUUUCCGUGAAUAAAAUGUCAAAUGGCCGUUGAACAACUACCAGUACGCGUCAUCAAACCCGAAUAACCCGCCCGGCUGCGCUGAGAUGACGUGCAUAUCAAUAUAUCGCAGCCACGCCUUGUUACCUUCGGCUCAUACCGGCCAUGCGGGUAACUUUCGCAAGGCUGCGACAGCAGAACCAUCGAACGGAAGUGGAACAAAUAGAUCGCCAAGCUUCAUGUGUGUAGUGGUUGCAACAUUGAAGGUUGUGAACACCCUAGUAAAGUAGUCUCUCCUAGGCAGACUUCAUAUGGAAGAUAGUCUAGUCGUUAUUGAUAUUAGGCCGUAUCCUACUAGAGUUUGCGGCAUACUUCAGGGCGGUAGUGGCUGGUAGGAGCCUCCUUCACAAAUUUUGACACGCG